AUGGACUUAGGAGGCAGCCCACCUGUGUUAGGGUCAUCAUGCACCAUGGGGGGUCUUCUACGUGGAAAGGCAUUUGGAAAUGUCUUGAACCAUGCUGAUUUUCCGAAAGUUCACUCUGGCGACAAUUUAUUUGCAGGCUCUGCUCUAGUUGAUUAUAAAGUUUUUGCUUACCUGGUAUAUGAUGACCCAGUCAAAUUGAGUGUCAUCCCUGAUUCUUCACUGCCUGCCAACACUGUAUUUCGUGUCUCUACUGUUCCGCCUCUCGAAUCUGCUGUUGUUUUAAAGAAAGUCGCUACUAGGCUUGAUAGUGUCACAGAUAAUGAAUGUCAUAUUUUAUUUUGCCUUCCUAACAGGUCUUCAUUUUCUACUUGCUCUUCUUACCCCCCUUCAACUCACGUUUCUGGGCCCAUGUCUCAUUAUGCUUUAUCUGAGUCCCGUUCUGCAUUAUCUGAUUCCCAUUCUCGUCCUGAGACUCCCAUGGACAUUUCUGUGCCCUUGGGCUCCAAACGCACUGUUGAUGAGAGUUUGCUUCAUAAACUCAAAGCAGCUGGCUUAACAAUCAAUGAUUCUCUUUGCUAUAAUACAAACCCAACUUUGCAGGUUAUGUAUCAACACUAUGCACACAUCAAUGAGAUUCAGGCAAAAAUCUCUGAUAUGGUUGCUGAACACAAAUGGCCAGCAGAGCUUGGAAAGUACCCAAACAAGACUGAGCUUAUUGGGCUUUUUGUAGCCAAAACAACCUGGCAUAACUCUUAUGCCAAGGCCUUUCCAAUGGCAGAGGGUUAUGAAGAUAUGCUGGCCUGGUUGGAGGGUGAUUCUGAUAGGAAAUCAGAUGUUGACCUUUGGGGCACCACAAAAUCCAGAUACACUAUUGUAGACUUGGGAGAAUGGUUGAAGAAGCAGAAAGGCAAGAAGGCAGUCAAGCCUGUUAUGAGAUCUGCUGUAAAAUCUACAAAGGGUGCAAAGGAGAAGGAAAAGAAGCAAGGGUCAGCAUCAGGGUCAGGUAUUGGGAAAGGAAAUCAGAAAGCAGUAGAGUCAGAGCAGGCUGAUAGCAAGAAAAAGAGUCACAAGAAGAAGAAGGUUGCUGCUAGUGGUGAUCAACUACUCCAGAUGCUUCCAACUUACUGGGUGACUGUUGCAAUUUUACACUUGUUCACAAUUCUACAAAUGCUUGGUCCCUUGAUGGUUGUGAUGUUUUUGUGUCCUGGUGCCAAUGCUAUGCCAAGUGAACAAGCAUUUCCAGAUAUUUCAUUUAAAGUGUUCAAUGAUUUUAUUGCACAAAAUUUCAGCUCAAAAAUAACAAUUGCAACUGUGUUAAUGCUGUUGUCUACUAUGUUGGAAAAUACAGAUUUAUUAAAUUUGCAUCGACGCCAGCAAAAUCCCCAACUUCCAGAUGAAAAUUGGUCAACAUUGGAACAAAGCUUAACAACUUUGCUGAUUUAUUGGGUCUCAAUUCCUUUGGGAGUGAUGAAAGCUAAUUCAAAAACUUCAGCCAAUUUCAAAGAAGGAAAUUCAGGCAAUCAUGAUAAUUUGCCCACCAUCAAAUUUUCUGCUUAUGCUGAAUUUUGGACCAACAGCUAUGGAAAGCAAGGGUCACUCAAAAUUGAAAGGUGUCAAAUCUGGCACGCAUUUCUUCAUGAAACUGUUCGUACCAUUGCUCAAGCAUCAGAAGUCAUGUUUGAAACAAAUGAUAAUCCAUCAAUUGAUGAUCUCACUCAUGAUGCAUUUGCUAUUCUUGGUGAAGGUGGUGCUAUGAGGCUGUCUGACAAACACACCUGCUCUGAGUGUACUCAAGAACGCAAGGCAGUUGCAGAUUUUCUACCUGCUGCCAAUGAUGCAGCAGCUGUUCUUGGUGUUGAUGAAAAUCAAGCUGUACCUCAAUUGGAUCCUGCAGCUGCUGAAGAACUGCAAAAUUUAGCAGAAUCAGAUGACCCAAUGGAUGUUGAUACUGGAAACCAACCAGCCAUGACAGUCUUGAUCAAAGUCAAACUUGGCUGGGGUACGACAAAUGCUAAAUCAACCAAAUGA